UCAACUUCUCAGAGACAUCCCUCGAAAGCCAUGAAGAUCCUCCCGCACCCUAGGGUACCAACUAUUAUAACUGAAAGCGUCUCAGAAGUCGUGAGGGAAUUCCUGCUUGGGCCGGUUCAUCUAUCUAGAGGAGGAAAAGAUACAGCGGCCACGAUACUCAGCCAAACUGAACGACCGGUGAAGAUCUGCGAUCCUCGAACAGAAGAAACGGAGGAAAUCCUCAUCGAACCUAUUAACCCUGCUGUAGAAUCGCAAACGUGUGGCAUCGUAGAAAAACCAAAGGUAUCUAAUUAUACACAUUAUUGUCUGAUCUGCGAUGAUAAUUGUGAUCACAGCACCGGGACCUGCCCUGACAGAACGGGAAAAUUUGUAACACUUUGUUCCCGAUGUGAUUUUCUCCCGUGCAAAAAUGAGGGUGACCACAAGGAACAGUACCUUUAUGAACAAUUGUUGUUUUGUAGUGAUUGCAAUACAGUUGGUGAUCACUAUAUACAUCCAGACAUCGAUUCCGACAUGGGUGACGAUGGCUGGAAUUGUGAAUUAGAUGACGUUGACUGGGACGAUACGGGCGAUCGUCCGGAUCAGAAUGCAGUGAAAGGCGCCGCUGCUGCAUAGAUUGAGUGUCGUCAAUCCCCACUUUAGCUGGUUCCUUGAUAACUAUUUUAAACUUUACGGUCAUAUAUAUCCGAUUGAUGUACUGCAGUUUUAUAAUUCCAUGAUCUACGUU